AUGGCAAGGCACAAUGGACGGACGGUUUCGCGCGUCGUCCUCACGACCGCACUCCUCACGACCACCUUUGCAGCCCCAGCGCCCCGUCUCCUCCGCCGCGCUUCCUCCGAUCCGUUCGCCAUUUUGGAUGAGCAAAAAUGGGUCAAUCCAGACAACAUGACCUGGGCCGACUUCAAGGCACCGCCGGGGACCUCGUGGUCAGACCCCUCCCGCCAGGGCCGCGACCGCAACUUUAACAUCGCGAUGGUCACGGUCGACUACCCGGAUUCGCCCUUCGUCAUGACUCUGGAGCCCGAGUCCGACAUCUUUGGCAACCCGCAGCCUUUUGCGCCAAGAGUCAAGAGAGAGGACGUACCCGCGUUCUACAGGGACUUGCUGAACACACCGAACGAGCUGAAUCAGGGCCACACCAUCCACGAGUACUGGAUGGGUGACUCCUUCGGCAAGUACGGCGUCAACCUGACCGUUUUCGGACCCUACAGAAUGCCCAGCAAGUCGUACCAGUACGGCAUCGACGACGACCCUAACGGCGGCUUCAACAAGGGCGCGUGCCCCGGCGGCCAAGGAAACUGCGGAACCACAGUAGACCUUCGCACCGAUGCCCUCGGUGCCUGGCGCCAGGAAGUCGGUAACGAGACCGCAGAUGCGUUCGAGCUCGCCUUCAUCCUGUCCGCCGGGCAGGACGAGUCGUCCACGUGGCAAGAGUUCGGCGAGAUGAAAUUUGCGUCGCCCGAGGAUGUGCCUCCUGAGUUUGGCCCGCCGGCGAACAGCUCGCUGCCGAACUGGGCGCAUACGAGGUAUGUGAACUGGACGAGUUGGGCGGCCGCAUCGACCAUCUGGCCGAAUGCGGGGGGAGGCUCGUCGACGCAGGGUGAGAGUUCGGGCAUGGCAACUUUUGCGCAUGAGCUUUCCCAUUUGCUAGGUAUUGGGGAUAAUUACAAUAACCCAUAUAGCGAUCCCGCACGGAGAGCUUACACGGGACCGUUUUCCAUGCUCGACCGAGGCAGCUUCAACGGACCUGGUGGUCCUCACACGCGUUGGCAAAUUCCCCCCGUGCAAGGUGCCUCUAUGGGCUCCCUCCACACCAUGCGCGACAAGCAUCAAAUCAAGCUCAUUGACGACACGCCCAUCUUGCAAAUCUCGCGUUCCGGCCUCGCCGCAUCGGGCCCUGUCAUCGCAGAGCUCACCGCCCGCUCUGUCGACCCCGGCACAGGCCUCAUGGGCUUCAACAUCUCCUUCGGUGCCGCAGGCGACCUCGCUCCCAAGUGCAACACCUCCACCGACCCCCUCUGCGACGGCGGAAAAUACAACAACUACAAUGUCGAGGUUGUCGACCGCAUGGGCGCAGACUCCUUCACCCCCGACUCCGGCGUCAUGAUUUCCAAGACGAAAAACUCCGACCGCAGCCAACCGUUCCAGUGGAUCAUUGACGCGAACCCGGAGGACGCCCAUGUGGUGGAUUUCUACUACCCCAACGGCACGGCGAGGUACUGGUCCAUCGGCGACUAUCGCCAGCUCGUCGACGCGCUGUUUCACGCUGGCACGCGCAGCGGUUCCGCCUACGAGCACGUGGACGAGGCGAAUGGCCUGCACUUCUACGUCCUGGACAUCAACCGCGAUGACACCGGGGUGCUGCACUACACCGUCGGCGUGUCGUCCACCGCAUCCUCCAACGGCACAGCUACCUACGGCGUCGAACUCGCAGCCGGCACCGUCGAGCCUACCAACUCCACGUCGGCAUCCUGGUGCACGUUCACUCUCAAGAACACGGGUAAGGCAGCGACCUACGCGGCCUCGGCACAUCCGCAGGACUUGUCUGCGUACACGGGCGCGGAUAUCUAUACGCUUUCUGCGGAGGUCGAGGGCGAGGGGUGGAAGGUGGAGACGCCGAAUGCGCUCGCGUGGGCAAAAUUUGGGGAGGAGACCGUGGCGAGGGUUGCUGUGGGGACUACAAGCAAAGGCGGGUAUCAGACGGGUGGAGAGGCGGUUGUUACGCUGACGGCGACGAGUGAGGGUGAUGGCAGUGUGAAAGCAAGUGCCAAGUGUACGGUU